GGUGCGUCCCGGAUGACGUCAGAGGCAGCCCGCCCCGGCCCGAAUGAUGCGCCCACGUGACGUCAGGAGCCGAGGCCGGAGCUGUCCAUCAGCACCAAAGGCCGCGGGCGGGCUCGGGGCAUGGGGCCGCGGCUCUGGGGCGGCCCGAGCCCUGCUCCUGCUCCUGCUCCUUUCCCUUCCCCAGGCCCAGCCCGAGGCCCCGGACGCCGCGGGACUGGCGUGCCAGCCGGUGCUGGAGGCGGAGAGGCGCCGCCGCGCAGAGACAGGUUCCUCCGGCCCAGCAGCUCCCUUCCCCGCACGACGGACUUUUCCUGGACCCCAGGCAGCUGGGGCCUCUGGCGCCCAGCACCUCUGGACCCUCUGGCCUCUGCACAGCCUCUUUCAUUCAAAAGCUCAGGUCGCUUCCAGCCCAGCACUAUGCCAGGCACUGUGGCGACACUGCGGUUCCAGCUCCUGCCCCCUGAACCAGAUGAUGCCUUCUGGGGUGCACCCUGUGAACAGCCCCUGGAGCGCAGGUACCAGGCACUGCCGGCCCUCGUCUGCAUCAUGUGCUGUCUGUUUGGAGUCGUCUACUGCUUCUUCGGUUACCGCUGCUUCAAGGCAGUGCUCUUCCUCACUGGGUUGCUGUUUGGCUCGGUGGUCAUCUUCCUGCUGUGCUACCGGGAGCGGGUGCUGGAGACACAGCUGAGUGCCGGGGCGAGUGCGGGCAUCGCACUGGGCAUCGGGCUGCUGUGCGGGCUGGUGGCCAUGCUGGUGCGCAGCGUGGGCCUCUUCCUGGUGGGGCUGCUGCUCGGUCUGCUGCUCGCUGCUGCCGCCCUGCUGGGUUCCACCCCCUACUACCAGCCGGGUUCCGUGUGGAGCCCUUUGGGGCUGCUGCUGGGGGGCGGCCUGCUCUGCGCGCUGCUCACGCUGCGCUGGCCUCGCCCGCUCACCACUCUGGCCACCGCUGUGACUGGUGCUGCGCUCAUCGCCACUGCCGCUGACUACUUUGCUGAGCUGCUGCUGCUGGGGCGCUAUGCGGUGGAGCGGCUGCGCGCCGCCCCGGUGCCUCCUCUCUGCUGGCGGAGCUGGGCCCUGUUGGCGCUUUGGCCUCUGCUCAGCCUGAUGGGCGUCCUGGUGCAGUGGCGGGUGACGGCCGAGGGGGACUCCCACACGGAAGUGGUCAUCAGCCGGCAGCGACGACGUGUGCAGCUGAUGAGGAUAAGGCAGCAGGAAGAGCGCAAGGAGAAGCGUCGUAAGAAGAGACCCCCAAGGGCUCCCUCCAGAGGUUCCCGGGCUCCUCCAAGGCCUGGGCCCCCUGACCCUGCUUAUCGGCGCAGGCCAGUGCCCAUCAAACGCUUCAAUGGAGAUGUCCUCUCCCCGAGCUAUAUCCAGAGCUUCCGGGACCGGCAGACAGGAAGCUCACUGAGCUCCUUCAUGGCCUCACCCACAGACAUGGACUAUGAAUACGGGUCCCGGGGACCACUGACAGCCUGCACAGGGCCCCCUGUGCGGGUAUAGCAGUCUAGCUGCUCCUGCCCACCUGGACUCUGUGGUCACCAGCUCUGUUAGCUUGCGGAGGCCUCUGGUCCACCACCCAGCCCACCUCGCCCUGUAGCCUAUGGCUGUUUCUCUACCCUGGAGAGGACUGGCCCGGCUGCUAGAAGGAAGGACCUGUCUCGGGCUAUGCCUGGUCUGAGGGAAAGCCCUCUCCCAAGGGCCUCCUGAGGGACAGGGGGUGUGAGACCCUUUGGGGUGUGCUCAGGGUUGUGAGUGUGUCACCUGUGUGUGCGUGUGCAUGAAGGGGUGGGGUUGAAGGGAACACUGGGACCCUUGCCUUAGAUUUCUGAUUGGUAGGGCUUCUGCAAGGGUUGCCCACCUCCUCUUCCACUGCUGGGGUCCCAUGGGCCACUCUCCUGCAUGUCCAAGUGGGGGAGGUCUGCCUUCUCCCUCCACUGCUCUGCCUCCCAGCCAGAUCCAUCCAAGGCUUCUUGUCCUUCUCCACUGCAGCACCCCUCACCCUGGUCCCUGUCCUCUGCAAAGCCACCAGCCCGAGGGCAGUGACAGAGGAUGGGGGUGGGGGCUGCUGCUCUGGGCUG